AUGUCUGGAAUCGCAUGGCACUAUGUUUUGAAGUUCAUCAUCACAGGUGACGCCGCGGUGGGCAAGUCGUCGCUGCUAAUACGGCUCACGGACCAACGCUUUUUGGCCAACCCUGAUCCUACACUUGGAGUGGAGUUUGGAUCGAAACUUAUCACUAUCCCGGAGGAAGACAAGGUGGUGAAAUUGCAAUGUUGGGAUACAGCAGGCACCGAAUCAUUUCGAGCCAUAACGAGGUCCUACUAUCGAGGAGCCGCAGGUUGCCUACUGGUCUACGACGUAACAUCGCGGAAGAGUUUCCUCAACGCCCGGAACUGGCUGAAAGACGUCCGCGAACACGCAGAUCCAAACCUAACCUGCAUCCUCGUCGGGAACAAAGUCGAUUUAUGCGGCGACGACGACAUAGCCGACGCUUCCUCCGCCUCCGCCUCCACCUCCACCUCCACCGCGACCGACCCACCCUCCGACUCCCAAUCCCAAUCCAAUUCCACAGGAACCUCAAGCGGUACAGGGACAAACUCACGCAAGUCCGGCUCCGGCGGUACCGUGAAAGGCCAUUCGCGUAAACCAUCCGGGCAAUCGAAGGUGCGGGAGGUAUCAAGGGAGGAAGGGGAGAAGUGGGCCAAGGAGGAAGGCCUGCUCUUCGUCGAAGCCAGUGCCAAAUCGGGUCAGAACGUCGAGCUAGCUUUCGUGGAAGCUUCCAGGGAUAUUUUGGGCAAGAUCCGGAGAGGGGUGUUUGAUGACGACCGGUCGCCCGGUGUGAAGCUCUCGAAACCCAAUACGGAUUUGACGCUGGAGCAGAAUAGUGCCUCGAGUGGGGGGUGUUGUUCUUCGUGA